UCACAUCUUGUCUUUGCCUUGCCCAUAAAAUAUAUUCUACUUUACACCAACCUGAAGGUUACCCAUUGUUAGUGCCUUUGAACUUAUUAUAUCAUAGACGCAAAUAUAGUAUAAAUAUAUCAUCACAGAGAGAGAGAGACAACAGCCACUCCUUUAACCUGUCUCACCAACUCACAUCUAGAAGCAAUUAGGGUCAUUGCUUCUCUCUCUCUCUCUCUCUAUCUCUCUGUCCACCUCUCUCCCUUUGGGUCAAAAGCCUAUAAAAAUCACACCCCAACCGCUUCCUAGGCCGGCUUUGUUGCUACAGCAACACAAGAAACAACAUCAGAGACAUAGACACAGACACAGAGGUUCCCCUAUUCGAAUUGCAAGCCAAUCCAAUCCAAUCCUACCAUACAAUAUUUCUGGUUAUAAAGAAGUAGAGGAACUCAAUUGAAAUCUCUUUGAGAAAGUGAAGUAGUGAUCAAAUAUGGGAAGGUCCCCUUGUUGUGAGAAAGCUCACACAAACAAAGGUGCAUGGACCAAAGAAGAAGAUGAUAGACUCAUAUCUUAUAUUAGAGCUCAUGGUGAGGGUUGCUGGCGUUCUCUCCCCAAAGCCGCUGGCCUUCUCCGAUGCGGCAAGAGUUGCCGUCUCCGGUGGAUCAACUAUCUCCGUCCUGACCUCAAACGAGGAAACUUCACAGAAGAAGAAGAUGAACUCAUCAUCAAACUCCAUAGUCUCCUUGGUAACAAGUGGUCUCUGAUAGCUGGAAGAUUGCCAGGGAGAACAGACAAUGAGAUAAAGAAUUACUGGAACACUCAUAUAAGAAGGAAGCUUUUGAACAGAGGAAUUGACCCUACAACUCAUAGGCAUCUUAAUGAGGCUGUUCAUGCUCAGAAUCAAGAAGCUGUUUCUGUUUCUGCUGCUGCAACAACAACUAUAUCUUUUGCUUCAUCUGGUAAACAAGAACAACAAGAGACAAAUAGUACUAGUAACGCAAGCGUGCUUAAAGGGUCAAUCUUAGAACGUUGCCCUGAUUUGAACCUUGAGUUAACCAUUAGUCCACCACGUCAACAUCAGAUUGAUCAGCCAUUCAAGAGCAUGGAGAGAAGCCUUUGUUUUGUUUGCAGUUUGGGUUUGCAGAACAGCAAGGAUUGUAGCUGUGGGAUUGGUAACGUUGGCAACACUAGUAGUAGUAGUGGCAACACCAACGCCACUGCUGCUGCUUAUGAUUUCUUGGGCUUGAAAACUGAUGUUUGGGAUUACACAAGUUUGGAAAUGAAAUGAAAAGGGUUAAUGCCAAUGGGGUCAUUUCUCAGAAAUAUCUUAUGUUGGAGAGAAUGAAACUCGUUAAUUUUGAAGUCUCUCUCUCUCUCUUAAUUUUAUUUUCUUCUCUAAUUUGUAUAAAUAAUUAGUUGCUGAUG